AUGGUUUCGAAAGUAGGAACCGUCGCUCUCGCCGGGCUCGCCGGCUUUGCUGGUCUGGCUCAGGCGGUUCCCUCUAGUCAACACCAUCCGAAAAGCUCACAAAAUUGUCCGUCUCUAAACAGCAGCACAUUCGUUAUUGACGAAUUUCAACUUUAUCCAGAGAAUGCCAAAUUUGAUUUCAACCGCUGCUUGGUCUACUUCGGGGUCCUCUUCAACGCAUCAGUCGGCGUUUUCAACCCGUAUACAAAAGAUUUUGAGGCCAUCCUCCUGCCUGGGAUAUCUGGUGACCCAGCUAAUCAUCUCGGCCCGGCUUUGCCUGACGCACAGGGUCACUUGAGCAUCCUCGUUGACGCCGGUGCCGCUUUCAACACCGCCGGACAGGACGUCUCCGGCUCCAACAUCAUCGUCAAGUACGACUUUGACCAGCGGAAGGUCAUCUGGCAGCGUAAUAUCACCGAGCUGAUCACCCAGGGGCGUUGGGGAGGCUUUCAGGACGUGGAGCAUGACAAGGACGAGAACAUCUACAUCGUGGGCACGUACCCUGGGACCUUGCUGCGUGUGGACAAGGACGGCAACAACCUCAAGCCAUGGUUCCUGCCGCCGGCGGAUGAGCUGGCAAACACCACGAUGGCCGGCUUCGGUGGCAUAGCGUCCAUUCGCGAGCAGGACGUGCUGCUUACCAACAACAAUGUCGACGGCCAGAUCUACCGCUUCGACAAUGUCAGCCAGAGCGAGACUGGCACACCGGUUCUGAUCCCCCGUACAGGACCCAACGGCACGCAGCCGUCGGCACCUAUCGGCUUCAACGACGCCAUAUUGCUGCCUGCUAAGUACAACAACACGGUCCUGCUGGUCGCGGAGGAUGCGGUGGGUAUUUGGGUUAUCAGGUCGAAGGAUGGGAGCUGGAAGAGUGCCGAGACGCUGGGCGUAGUCUCGAACAACGUCACUGAGGCCCAAGGUGGUCAGGUGCCAGCCGCCGUCCAAAUUGGGCCAGACGCCUUAUUUACUCUUGAGGAGUACUUCACGGAUCCGAUUGUAGAGAGCACCAAUGCUGGAAGCAGAAGAGCGUUCCCCAUUGUGGGCAUUACUGCUCAGGUGGACGAUUUGUUGCGCAAGUCUCCAUAA